CGCGAAAGGAGGGGAAUCAUUGUCUGGCCUACAACUACCAGUGAGUUGCAGAGUAUGGCACAUCCUCGGAUGAUGUAUUGGCAAUUCCUCACGCAACACUGAACUUUUCUUUGUUCCGCUCAAUAAAGAAAGACUUAGCUUGACAACAGCUGCUGCACAGCUUCGCUCACCCAACAUAGUCGCUUUGAAUUUUUCUUACCAUGUGUUGUUCAGGUACCGCAGACACGCCUGCAAUAUCAGCAUCACCAUUGCCUUUCAAUUUCUUGGGUUUACCUAUCCAGAUUCGUAACAACAUAUACAAACAAAUUCUCGUCUUACCUCAUCCACUCCAUAUCUUUCAGGACCCAGGAUGUCCACUGGAAUCUUUUGCACCCGAAAAGCCCGGCUCAUGGCUUGCAUUGACCUACGUCAGUCGACAAAUAUCUGGCGAGGCAAUGAAUAUUCUGUAUAGCAUGAAUCGGUUCACCUUCCAGGAGAUAGAGACGGCGUGUCGUCCGGGCACUCUCUUGGAAUCCUUCCUGAACUGCAUCGGACCUAAAAAUUUUGGGAUCUUGUCUCAUCUAUGCAUCAACUUUCCGGUCACCGAGCAGAUAUCAAGCACCUUUGGAGAGACGAGACUCACUGAUGGCUUACGAAGGUUACAGCUAAUACGACAAAGCUGUGCCAAUUUACAGACAUUGGAAAUGCUCACCUUUGGUCAAUAUGCCAGCAUUCUGGUCGCAGAUGACCAGAUGAACGAUAAGUCCAUUCGAAAGAGUUGUCUGGAGGUCGAUGCCCAGAUAAAGGAAAUAGCUACCCUGGAUACCAUUGUUGUCAGGAUAUAUAAUAACGGUACUCCGGCCGCAAUACGAGAGUUUCUACAAGGGCUUGGAUGGAUUGUCAAGUUUGGCGACGCUUAGUAGUUUUUUCUUACAGCAAAACAAGACAGACGAAAUGAGGAAACA